ACCUCCGUCCCUCCCUCCCCCACACAGCUCAGUGAUAACAGUGCGGAGCGGAGAGGACGGCAGACACGAGCAUGGCUUCUCAGGCGGUAAUGAGCGCCGUGCUGUGCGCGCUCCUGUCCCUCGGCUGGGCUGCUCUGUUAGGCGGGUGGAGCGCCGCUGAUACGAACAGCGAGGAAUUGAAAGACAUAGCGGAGUUCAGCGUAUCCCAAUAUAAUCUCCAGAGCAAUGGUGACUCCGUCUACACAAUGGUAUCGCUGAAGGAUGCCAAGCAGCAGGUCGUUUCUGGGAUGAACUAUAAACUGACCCUGGUGCUGGGAAAAACAGCAUGCAAGAAGAGUAAAGGCUACAUUAAUAAACCUUGUCCAUUGCUAACCGGCUCGAAGCUUAAGAAACUUGAGUGUGUUUUCGUAGUGUAUGAUAUCCCCUGGCAAAGUAAAAGGACACUUACAGGAAAGCGGUGUACAAAGAUCUAACUACUCUUUCCAAGUCUUACUGGAGAACAGGUUUUCUAUUCCAAUUGUAGAACUUGGCCACUAGAACUUGUACUAGUACUGUUUAAACUUCAUAUCACUUGCUGUAUUAGAAUUUUGCCCAAUGGUGAAAAGGUUUAGGACCCCAUCUGUUUAGAACAUCAAGAAUGGUGUAAUUUGUAUGUAUGUAUGUAUGUUAUGCAAUAAAUUAAAUUGGGCUUGUGACUUCUCAUCUGCACAUGACUAAGAAAAAAAAUUGUAUAUUUGCUCUAUUAAUAAAACCGAAAUAUGCAAUUGUACUUGGUGAGCUUGCAUAAAUAAAAAUAUUUGAGAAAAUGCCUUGUA